GUUCUCGUUGAAGAAGCUCUUCCUCGCGCUACCAAACUCAUUUAUUUACCACCACUCCGUCUGCUUUGUUUUUUACCAAACACAUUUUUUAAUUCCUUCGCGUACUUAGCAGUUGUUAAUUCGGCGGGCAUCCUUGGUUGAAGUUAUAGUUGAGUGCGAGCAUUUGUUUUUUUGUAGAUCCAGAAUUACUUUUUAAUGAUUGUUUACAUUCUUCAUUGGCCAAAGAGUUAGUGAUCUGAAUACAAAAUGGUGUUCGAUUUUUCCAAGUACGCCAAAACUUAUAUACCAUGGGAAGAUCCGAGGGACUCGCCGGUUCUCCACCAUAUACAGCCACGAAAAGUAUCCUACUAUAUAGUGGAGGGUAGUCGCGGCCUGGAAAUGACCGCGUCCCUCGAUCCAGCAAACAACCAAAAUGGUUCACCGAACGGCGGAUCGAACGAGGGCAACCAAGACGGGAAGGUCUACACUCUGAACGUAACGAGAGGAUACGACAACGAUGGUUUCAACAAGGGCGACGGCGACGCCUUGGGCGCCGUCAUGAAACCACCCCGCGAACUGACAGACGAAGAGGCAUCUCUACAGGGCAAAUUUAAAUUAUCGCGCAAAGAAAAAUGGCGAAUUUUAAAGAACGUUACUAUAAUCUCAACGGCAUUUAUGAUACAAUUCACCGCCUUCCAAGGGACGGCAAACUUACAAAGUAGUAUUAAUGCUAAAGACGGACUCGGUACGGUUUCUUUGAGUGCGGUUUACGCGGCUCUCGUGGUCAGCUGCAUUUUUAUACCGACGUUUUUAAUUAAGCGACUAACGGCGAAAUGGACAUUGUGCUUGUCGAUGAUGUGCUACGCCCCCUACAUUGGGGCCCAGUUUUAUCCAAAGUUUUACACCCUCGUGCCCGCCGGCGUCCUUUUGGGUAUCGGCGCCGCUCCCAUGUGGGCGUCCAAAGCCUCCUAUCUCACCCAGGUCGCCGGGGUUUACGCGAAACUUACCGACCAAAGUGUGGAUGGUAUCAUCGUGCGCUUCUUUGGGAUCUUCUUCCUCGCGUGGCAAACCGCCGAGCUGUGGGGGAACCUAAUCUCAUCACUCGUAUUAAGCAACCCGCAUGGCGCCCACGGAGGAUCCAGCUCGAAUGGGUCGAUCGAAACGUACGACUCCUGCGGUGCAAAUUUUUGUGUUAUGAACCUGAACAACAACGACAACUUGGCGCGACCAGAUGACAAGGAAAUUUUCGAAAUAUCCGGAAUCUAUUUAUCGUGCAUCGUUCUCGCUGUUAUUAUCAUCGCAUUGUUCGUCGAUCCACUCUCACGGUAUGGUGAAAAACAGCGGCGAGCCAGCGUUGUGGAAUUGACCGGCAUUCAACUCCUCUCGGCUACCGCUUACCAACUGAAGAAGCCGUACCAACAGUUAUUAAUACCAAUUACGGUAUGGAUUGGUAUGGAGCAAGCGUUUAUUGGAGCGGAUUUCACCCAGGCAUACGUUUCCUGCGCUUUGGGUAUACCCUCAGUAGGCUACGUGAUGAUCUGCUUCGGAGUGGUGAACGCAAUAUGCAGUUUGCUGUUCGGAUCUGUGAUGAAGUACAUCGGAAGGAUACCGAUCAUUGCUUUAGGAGCGGGAAUACAUCUAGCACUUUGCACGUGGCUGCUACUGUGGAAGCCGCACCCGUCCAAUCCCAUUCUCUUCUUCGUCGCUUCCGGUCUUUGGGGCGUUGGAGACGCCGUAUGGCAAACACAAAUAAAUGGUCUCUACGGUACGCUAUUCAGGCGAAACAAGGAGGCCGCCUUUUCGAAUUAUCGACUAUGGGAGAGUUCCGGAUUCGUUAUCGCGUACGCCUAUUCCACCCACCUUUGCGCGAAAAUGAAAUUGUACGUCAUGCUUUCGGUGCUCGUACUGGGUAUUCUCAUGUACGUCAUCGUCGAAAUCCUGCACGCCCGAAAGGUCAGGAGACAGAAGGAGAAGGAGAGACAGGCCGCGCUGGACGAGGCGAGGAAUAGGCCGCCGGAGCCCGAAGAGACUGAUGAUGAGAAGGAUGAUAUUGAUGAUGACAUUAUUGUCACCCAUCUUUAGAUAUGGUUUAUCCAUUCCAUGCUAGUGGAAGAGAUUAGCUGAAGGCCUUUAUUCUUCAGUUUAAAUUAAAUUGCAAGAGUAAACCGAGUUCUACAUUGAAGAUCAUGGUGCCUACCAGUGUUAUAUUAGAAACUUUAAGAAGAAUAUCAUUAUUAUUUAAGUAUUUUAUUAUCACUCCUAUGCUAGUGAAUUAGACGCUUAAGACUAUUACUAUUAUAGAAAACACAGUACUUAUUCAAUUUUAGAUAGGUAGUCGUAUAGGUUAUCAUUACAAGUCUGUGAUGGUGAAUAUGUAGUAGAUGAUUUGGGGUUUUUAGACGAUACCUAUAACUCAUAAAUGAAAGUGGCAUCCUCUUUAAAUCGUUUCUUAAAAUGGAGGAAUUCGUACAGGUGCCAUCGAGAGUUUUUAAGUACUAAAUCAAAUAUGGGUUACUAGUUUUUAUCGCAUAUGAAAUGCUUGUAUAUCGUUAGAAAUUAAAAAAAUGCAACAAGUUCAAUGCUACACACUGUGGUAACAACUUCCCACUGUAACAUAAUUUUAUUUUAAAUUGAUUUAGCGAAAUAUUUAUGUAUACUUUUAUUCCUACAUGUUGUUAAUUGUUUUCGAACGAGGAUGUACUAUCAAUAACAACUAUUUUAAUAAAA